GAGUGGGGGAGGGACUGGCUAGCUCAGGGGAGUGUGGAGUGUGAUUCGGGGGUCUUUCCCUUCUAGGGGGCACUGGCACUUGGCCUUUCCCUGCUUUAGCCCCUUCCCCAAGGGCUACAUGAGCUCUAGGGGGAAUCCCCAUGCCCCAGAGGGGGGCUGGUGCACCCCGGAGACUCUGAUGGGCCUGGGGCACCAUCCCCAUGCUAAGGAGGAUGAGGGACACUGGGUUCCCCCAGCUCUCUGGCCUGCAUUGUCCAGUCUUACUAUGCGGCAACCCCUCAGCCGGCCCUCUUGCCCCAGGGCUGGAUACAGCACUAGUCGCUCAUGAUGAUAAUACAGAGGCCUCUGCCCCAUCUCCCCUCCCAGAACCAGGGAGAGAAACCAGGAGUCCUGACUCCCAACCCCAUGUUCUAACCACUGGACCACACACGCACCCCUCAGGUAGAGAGGGGACAAAAUUCCUGGGCUCCGUGGGGUGUGGGGGUCUAGUGGUUAGAUCUGGGCAGGAUCUUUCCCCAGUCAAAGCUGGGCAGUGGAUGGGGAUGGCCCUGCAUACCUAUGGACAUCCCAUUCAUGUCUGGAGGCGUCAGCCAUAGGGGUCCUGGGAUGCUGGGGCCCUGGAGACAUUAAUCCUGGUCUCGGCCGGCCCGAGGGCAGCUCAGCCCCUAAUCGGCUCAAGGAGGGGUGAAUGGCUAGUUUGAUGGUGAGGCCUGGAAUCCCAGCUGAUUAAUUGUAUUCAAGUUGCCAAUAAGCUGGAUAAUCGGAGCUGAGUGGAGGGAACGCCUAAAGCUUUGAGAUGCAGCCUUCUCUCACGCCAUCCCAGCCUAGGAUCACCCCUGUGGGAGCCCAUGGACUAUGGAUGGAUACUUCCCACCAACCCCAUCUGUCCUGAGUCCCCUCGGCCUUCUCCCCAUAAAUUGCAUUAAUCUGCCGUGCCCCAACCCUGGGGGAAACUGAGGCACGGAUAAGGUGAUGGAUGUGCCUGAUGUCACACAGUGAGGUAGUAAAAUCAGGAAUAGAAUCUACACGUCCUGAUGCCCAGCCCCGCUGCUGUAACCACUAGGAUUCCCUCCCUACCCAGAGCUGAUAGUAAACUUUAUCAUCAUCAUCAUCAUCAUAUUCUUUGCAACUGCCUUGGCUGGUGGAAUGAACUAGGCCAAGGGUGCAGGAGUCAGGGCCUCCCCCUGCCGUCCAUAUCAGUGGGUGGUGCUGCGGAAAGGGCUCUGUGCUUCAAGGAGGUGAAAGGUGACUCUAAGAGCACAAGGUGCUGCCACAAGCCAGCCUGACUCACUGAGUCACCUCCUGCUGGCGAGGGGCUGCUGUCAUGACCUCAGCUACCGUCAGCUCCUGCCCCCAACCCCAACUUUAACCCCUAGACCCCACUCCCUGCCCCGUGCUGAGGAUAGAACCCAGGGGACCUGACUCCUAGCUCCUACCCAGAGAGUGGUUUGCACAGUGUGGGGUACCUCACCCUUAGCCUCAGUUUACCUGUUCUUAAUUUCACCCCAUUUUUUCCUCAUUUACCCCCCAUAACACCCUCUUUUCCUGCCCUUUCCCCUGUCUCCCACUGCCCUGGCUUAGGGUGGGGCUGGCAUCUGGGACGAUUCCUUUGUAGCAGGGCCGUGGCCCUUCAAACCCCCUUUGCAAACAGGAGACCCAGCAGCUGGCAGCCAGAGCUGGAGCUGCCUGCAAAGCGGGUGUGGGGCGCCACCAUGUGUGGCCAGGCAGCAGUGCCGGGCCUGCUGCAGGGUCUGGACCCAGCCCAGAGUAGAGAGGGAAGGGGGCGGGUGGAUAGAUGGGGAUAGGCAGGCAGGUGGAGAGAGUGACCUGAAGAAGAGCCCUGUGAAAGUUUGGGAAGUAGGUCUAAUAAGAGCUAUUACUCCAUGCGCCUUGUCUGACUCAGAUAGGUGGGCCUGGGCCUAGACAGACAGUCAGAGGCAGCGGUGGAGGAUGAACCCUGCUUCCACGAACCCCUGCCCCCCUAGAUUAUUCCACCUUUGCCCAGUAGGGGGAGUCUCCCCCCGCCCACAGCAAGUGCCCCUGGCGCAUGUGGGAGCUGGAAUACCAGGCUAGUUGGGUGCCCAGGGCUGACCACUCCUACCUGAAAGACUACAAUUCCCAGAAGCCUUUGCGGCCCAAAAGUUCGGCCUCCAGGCCACGACCUUGCCCAUGAUGCUUGGUGGGUGGAGCUGGAGCAGUUGAGUUCAAGUUUGCAGCUGUGGUUGGUGGGAGACUGGCAGUCUGGUCUGGGACUGGGUAACUGUCCCAGGCAAGGGGGCGCUGAGACAGAGGAGGAGGGGAGCGAGAGAGCUGGGGAGUCAGAUUGCUGGUGGGAGAGUGGGAUUGGUGGGAACAGGGUAACUGCCUUUAGGCAUUCUAGGGAGGCUGAGGCUGUACAGAGCCCAGGAGCAGGGUGGGAACGACUAGCAUGGAUCCAGGGGGAGCAGAAUCUCAGCAGCCCCUCCCUAGGGCUCCUGGGAGAGGGAGCCGGAAGUCUGGGAGUCGAAAGAGGCACCAGGACCAGAAUCCAGAUGUCCGUCUGUCCAAAGCCUUGUCCUAUGUUUUGCGUCAUGGAGCAGCCCAGCUGGGGCUGGAGAUGGGUGCUGAUGGGUUCCUAGACGUGGCUGCCCUGCUGAGCCUGCCCCGCUUUGGGGGGGUCUCUGUGGCCGAUGUGCGACACGUUGUGGAGACUAACGACAAGCGCCGCUUUGCCCUGCGCCCCCACCCUAGUGAUGGGCGCUUGCAGAUCCGCGCCAACCAGGGGCACUCACUGCAGCAGGUGUCAGAGCUAGAGCUGAUCCCACUGCUGGAGCCCACAGCCCUACCCCAGACCAUAGCCCAUGGCACUUACCUGCGGCACUGGCCGGCCAUCUGCCGGGGGGGCCUUUCCCGCAUGGGGCGCAACCAUAUCCACCUAGCACCUGGGCUGCCCGGGGAUGGACAUGUCCUCAGCGAUGGGAUCCAGUUCUAUCGCUCAGCUAAUGGUGUCAUCCUCACACCGGGUGAUGCUGAAGGCCUCUUGCCUCCCCGGUACUUCCAGAGAGUCCUGCAGCUCCGGCCUGACAGGCGUUUGCUACCCCUCGAGUGACUCUCACAGGGUCCAGGGCCAUGGCAUGGAGGAGAAUCAGGCAGGAGAGAGCAGUGUAAAAUAAAAUCCCUAUUGUUCCAUC